UAAGUAAAAGUGAACGGGGUGAGUGCAUUCUUAUCUCUCUCCCUUUCCAUUCAUAAACAAAGUCUCUAUACAUUUAAUUGUACAAACUUUUAAAUAUUAGUCACAUUUACUUUGUGUGCAUUUUGUGAUCUCCCUCCGAUAUCCACGCCCCCACUCUUAUGUUUAUCUUUUCAGCUUAGAUUCUCUCUUCAGCGCUCUUCCUCACACUUGUCACAAUUUAGAUUAGAAAACUCAAAUCCAAUUGAUUUUUUUUCUCUGGUCAACCCAAAUUCACUCUUCCCUUAAUUCCAAUUCUAUUUGACUUUUCUAAAUCGGAGCUACAGAGAGCUGAAUCUCAUAAUUAAAUUAGAUAUAUUCAAAUGGUUGAUUGCCGAAGUUUGAUCGAGUUUUGCAGAGCAUACGAACAACACAAACACAUGAACAACAAAUUCAAUUCCCAUAUCAACAAAAAACGUUAUAACAAUCAGAAAAAUUAUUCCUUUUGUUGUGAUCGUUCCCCUUUUGCUGCUUUAGAUGCACUUAUACUAUUCUUAGUACUUGGAUCACUAGGGUUUCUCAUAAUCCCUUAUUUCAAAUUAAUUUUCACACAAAUUUCCCCAAUUAUUUACGAAGUUUUUAUCGAGGUGAUCAAUAAUUCCCCUGUUGCAUAUUUUGUUGGAUUGAUCGUAGCGAUUAUUGGAGUAAUUGUUUUGAUUGUUGUUUGGGAAAUUAUUGAUUUGAGAUCAAGGAAAUGUGGGAAUCCAAAUUGUCAGGGUUUAAGGAAAGCAGUUGAGUUUGAUAUACAGUUAGAAUCUGAGGAAUGUAUAAAGUGUUUGCCAUUGGAGUUGGAAUCGAGUUCAACUAACGCGUUUUAUAAUUAUGGAGUGAAGCCGUUGGAUUUAGGAGACGAACGGAAGGAGUUGGAAGCAGAGUUGAAAAGGAUGGCACCGCGUAAUGGACGGACUGUGCUUAUUUUUAGAGCUCCUUGUGGAUGUCCUGCAGGUAGAUUGGAAGUUUGGGGUCAUAGGAAAAUUCGUAGAAUUAAGAAAUGAAUGAAGUUUAUGUAGUUUGUUCGAGUUUUAUAAAAAUAUAUAUGAAUAAAGUAGGAGAUACUGAUUAGUUGGGAUAUUUUCUGUUGGCUGUUAUGGAAUAAAGUAAUGAUCAUGGUUGAUCAUUCUCGGGCAAUAA